AUGCCUCUAACGGGUGCUCGUCGUGUUCGAACUUGCGACAACGGAUGUCCUCUAGGAUCAAGUUGUAUAAAUGGAAUUUGCUGUACGAGUCCUCCUCGAUGUGACCAUCCUACUUACAGGUAUUUACUUUUUAGUUAA